AUGACUUCGUCUCAGGAACCUCCUAUAAGAAAGUCUGUUCCCGACAGGACGUCCUUCACAGCAAGAGACAGCGUGGAGGACAUCUGGAAGGGCCUGGGCCUCCCGCCAGAACCACUGCAAGCGCUCGACCUCACCGGCAGCGGACCGGGUCUCCCCUCGUCCUUCAAGAUCGCCGACCUCGCCCAGGCAUCCAUCGGCCUCUCCGGGCUCCUCGCAGCGCACAUCCACGCUCUGCGCACCUCCACCCCCACCCCCAAGGUAACCGUGCCGCGCGAGCACGCCGUCAUCGAAUUCAAAUCCGAACGCCUCUACACGCUCGCCGGCCAGCCAGCCUCAACGGCCUGGGGCCCGCUCAGCGGCCUGCACAAGACCUCCGACGGCCACGUCCGCGUCCACGAUGGGUUCCCGCACCACAGCGCCAAAGCCAAGGCGCUCCUCGGCUGCAAGCCCGACGCAGACCGCGCCGCCGUCAGCGCCGCCAUCGCCCCCUGGCGCGCCGUCGACCUCGAAACCGCCGCCUUUAACGCCGGCGCCGUCAUCGCCGCCCUCCGCACCCCGGCCCAGUGGGACGUCCUCCCGCAAGCCCGCGCCGUCGCAGACUUCCCCAUCCGCCUGCGCCGCAUCGACGGCGAAGCCCGACCAGUACCAGUACCAGUUUCAGUACCACCCCCGGGCCUGCCCCCGGCCCUCCGCACUGCCGUAACCGACAAAGCCCUCCGCGGCCUCCGCGUCCUCGAGCUCUCGCGCGUCAUCGCCGCCCCCCUCGCCGGCAAGACGCUCGCCGCCCACGGCGCCGACGUCCUCUGGGUCACGAGCCCCACCCUCCCCGACCUGCCCCCGAUCGACCGCGAAUUCGGCCGCGGCAAACGCACCGUGCAGCUCGACCUGGCCACCGAAACGGGCGCGCACGAGCUCGCCCGACUCCUCGACGACGCCCACGUCUUCAUCCAGGGGUUUCGCCCGGGGAGCGUGGCCGCGCGCGGAUUCUCAGCGGCGGCGCUGGCGGCGCGGCGCGCGCGCAGCAACGGCAGCGGCAGCGGCAGGGGAAUCAUCUGCGCGAAUUUCUCCGCGUAUGGGCGGGCGGGCCCGUGGGCCGACAGGCGCGGGUUCGACUCGCUGGUGCAGACGUGUUCGGGGAUGAAUGAAUCCGAGGCGUUGCAUUUUGGGGCAGGGGAGGCGGGGCGGGCGACGGCGUGCCAGGUGCUGGACCAUGCGGGCGGGUAUUUCCUUGCGGCGGGGGUGAUGGCGGCGGUGUGUCGGCAGGCGGAGGAGGGGGGUUCAUGGGAGGUGGAUGUGUCGCUUGCCGGGGUGAUGAAGUAUCUGCGGUCGCUGGGACAGUAUGACGGGCGGAGUGGGUUUGACGGGGUGCCGGAUUAUCAGGGGCCGGGGGAUGUGCCGGAGGAGUAUCUGGAGACGAGGGAGACGGGGUUUGGGGAGAUGAGGUUUGUGAGGCAUGCGGCUUGUAUUGAGGGGGUGGAGGUUGGGUGGGAUGUGAUGGUGAAGCCGUUGGGUGAGGAUGAGAAGAGGUGGUUGUAG